AUGCUGAAGCAGCAGAAGGAUACUUCCGACUCCUUUCUCCAUGCCCUUGAAAAGAUAGAGGUGCGGAUAAGUGGAGCGAAUCCCGCAGCUGCAAUACACUCUAUAUUCGACUCCCUCUGCCGUCGCAUAGACAGAUUCAAUUUCGACGCCGAGAACGGAAGAACGUUCGAUAUCCGGUACAAACGCUUCAAGGACGUUUUCGACAACGACUGUACGGAGCUGAGUGAGCAAGUGCCUAGUAUACGUUGCCGGAUUUCAGGGAGCCGAGUUCGCAAACUACAGAACACGGCUGCUGAGGAAGUUGGAUCAAGGAGACGAUGUCACAAUCAAAGACCUCACCGCCGUGUGCCAACUCAUCAGGUCGUGCAAGGAAGAUGCAAGAAUGCUGGAGAAUGCCACAAACCUCAGCAUUCCCGUCAACUACACCACUGCAGAAAUAAAUCAGUGGAGAUCGUCGCUGAGCCCGCCGCUCCGUGCCGGGAGGAGAUUGUCGCCAAACUGAAGGUCAAUCAUGCCGACGUAUUCAAGACAGGACUCGGACGAUGCACCAAGACCAAGGCGACACUCCGGCUGAAACCCGAUGCUCAUCCUGUUUUCAGGGAGCUGUGCCUUAUGCCUACGUCGCCGCUCUCGAUGAAGAGAUCGACCGCUUCUUGCAGAACAAGUGCUUUCCCCGGUCGACUACUCUGCCUGGGCAGCCCCGAUCGUCGUCGUCAAGAAGUCAAAUGGAACACUACGCCUCUGUGCCGACUUUUCUACUGGAUUGAAUGA